GAGUGGUGAGACUUCGCCCAAUGUCAGCAACUCAGCAUGUUGUGAAGUUUCCUAGGCAUACUGCCCGUCGGUAAUGUUUUGUAGCCCAAGAAGGGCGAGCAAUGGUGUGAACAAUAUGCACGCGUGCACAACGUCCUUUAAAUAAUAUACUUACCGUGAGUAUUGUGCGGGAUCAACAAUGGCUGAAACUCGAGUCAUUCCAAGUGGAGAAGUGUACAGACAGAUAUUCGAUGCUCAGGUCCAGCUGUCUAUGUUUCUUCAUGGUGGUCGAAGCAAGCGUGCUGGCUAUGAUGGAUUGCCAUUCAGCUGUGAUGCAGAUGGAGGUCAAGAGGGUCGCCCAGACUCACUGCAGAUCAGAGAUCAGACAGGAUGCUCCACAUGGUCCAAUGACACGACUACACGGGCUCAGAUAUUUCCAUGUGGCAAAGCAAAACACAAGAAUCACCUGUUAGAGGAAAUCAGUGGUCUUCCAGAUGUUGUUGAGGCCGAAACAAAGGGCUCUGACAUUGUUGAACGCCUCAAUGAGAAAAAAAUGAAUGACCACACUGAGGCUGUCGUUCAGAUGCAUCGAGACCUUGCUGUGAUAAGUACGCAUUAUGAGUCCCGCAUCAGACAGCAGGCAGAGAACACAUUAUGUCAACUGGCCAAAUAUGACACUGCCGUUGAGACCCUCAUGAAAAAGACUGAUUGUGUCGCAAGUUUGGAAAGCUUUAGCAUCCAGGACCUUCGCAAUCUCUGGGAUUCAGUCACCCUUCAGUCAGCAAAUAGGAGAGAGUGGGUUAAAAAGCUCGAGGUGGAGCUUGAAAACAACAUUCUUGAGCAAACAGCUGUGAUAUCAACACUGCUCAGAAAGUACACCCAGAUUCUGGAAAAAUUCAGCUAUGUACUGCCUGCUGACGUGCAUCGAGUAAUGGAUAGUGAAGCAAUGAUGAUAAACCAGGCGGUGCUCUGUAACAAAAGGGCGGUGGCCAAACUGAUCCUGAACCUGAUGGAGGAUGAUCUCCAGAAGGAAGCCCUGCAGCAGCUCCGAUGGGAAGACAAGUUCAAAGACUGGAAGAGGAUGAAGGUCCAUGCCGCAGUGAACAAAUUCAAAGAUUUUAUCAGCAAUCCAGACUUGAAGUGCUCCAAGGACAUUUUGGCCACCCUGGAUACUUUGAACAAGUUACAGGCACAGUACAACAAGGAAAGGGUCAUGAUCCUGCAGUCAAUGAAAACUAUGGUGCCGCCGGAUUGCUCAAAGUCAUUAAUUACAACGUGGUAUUCAACCUUAUCAGCAGUCAAUGACAAAAUCGAUUGCUUACAUAUUGACACCAUGAAAAAACUAAAAAAGUUCUAUAAAGACAUCUGGCAAAUUUGCCAAGCAAGGGUUGAGGACUUUAAGGAGGAAGUGCGGACUAAUGGGUUGCCUGAUGAAGGAAUUCAGGAAGUUGUUGAAUCUGAACUGCUGCCCUUGAUCGGUAAAAGGCAGAAAGAAGUUAAGGAGAAACUUGAAGUCUUGGAUGCAGCUUUCGAGUAUCUGGCCAAACAAGCCACUCGUGUGAGCACGGUGCUUUUUAAGUUUUUACAGUCGGCUGAUCAUCUUUGGGAAAUGCACACCUCAGACCUCCAGCUGAGAGAACAGCAGCUACAGGCCCAGCUGGAGGAGCUGCAGCAUGUCCACAAGCAGGAGCAGGCGAAAAAAGGAUCACUGCUAGAAAUCAUGCUGGAUAAGCUUAGGCAGGAAAAUUCAGAGGAGGCCUUGAAAUCCACCCUUGACAAAAUAAAAGGCUUUUUGGAAGAGCUAAAUGGCGGGUUUAUGACUAUCCAUAAGAAAGAAAUCGAGACAGUGGAGGGUUAUUUUGCAAUGGUUUUGGAGGAAUUGCAAAUCUACAGCAUGGAAGUCAGCAAAUUCUUCAGUGUGAAAGAGAUUUUCUGUCAGGUAUCUGAAGAACUGCAAGCCCUUUAUCCUGGUGGACAGACAAAUGCCAGUGGUAGACUCACGCUGAAGCGAAGGAAGGGAAGUGUGAGCCAAAUCAAGAAGUAUGGUGAGACUUUGAGGCUCGGCAGUCCAAACCAAUUCAGUGCAUCACUCCCCAGUCGUGUCACCUCUCCCAUGAAGCCUGUGGACUGCCCUCAGGAGUUAUAUAACCCAUACAAGCAGGACGUCUUCACCAGCACCAAAGGAAAUACUUACAGUGCUGUGAAGUUUGUGGUGCCGUUUGCAAAGGAGUACCAGGAACCUGAUGUUCCAGAAGUUCGGCAAGCAAUUUAUCCCAUGGGAAUUCUCGUUGAUAUCCUGAGAAAUGUGCGUCUGGCAUUUUUUAAUCAUCUUGAAAUGUGGUUCAAUUCAGUUUUGACAAAUGCCGUUCACAUUAUAUCAGCCAAGAAAGUGGAGCUAGAAGCUGAACACGCUUUGCGUCUACAUUUACAUGACCCACGCGGCAAGAGGAUAGAAAAAGAUAUCUACAAUGUUCGUUCAGCGGAGUUGGUGUUUCAUAGAGAUCACAUUGAAAAACACUGCAGAGCUGUGGUGCAAUCCCUGGCCGACAUCCGAAGUGACUUCCAAGAUCUUCACAUGCAGCAACAGCAGCUCACUGUAGACUUCCGGACACACAUCACCAGCAUGGAGGAUGUGUUUAACCUUGCAACUAAAUCUGACAUACUGAUCAAUCUUUCAGCAGCGCUGCAGUCCAAGCUCGAGAAGCACAUCAAUGUUAUACAGGCAUCACAGAGACAAUUUCGGCAACAACUUGAGGAGAAAUUACAGGACCUUAGAGAGGCCAAUGUACAGUUUAUGAAAUCAAUCACGUUGUUUUCUGGGGGAGGAAACUUCACACCUAAAGAAACUGAACCUUAUCAUAAACGUUUGGAGAAGGUCACCAAGCGUAUUGAGUCCUUUGAGGAGACCUUGAGCCUGGAUAUGGAAAAUGUCGAGUUCAAAUGUCUGGAGCAGGCUAAGGAGAUCGUUGUGAAGUUUGAGGAGAAAUUCCAGUAUUUGGCUGUAGACCUCAAAUUUCUAGAGAAGAUCCAGGGGAUAUUAACUAACACACAAGUACAGAUUAAGUCAGAGGUGUCAAACAGCAAUAUGCAAAACAAAAAGUUAAUCAGCCUUCUUAAAGACCUGGAGAUGAUGGUUCAAGCCUGUUCUAAUCUGGGCCCCGAAAAGACUGUGACCUUAGAUAAGGUUCUUACUUUCACUACUACCUUGUUUGGAGACCUCAGAACAAGAUGCAUCUACCUUGAUUGCUGCCUAGACUCGUCUGAGGCUGUACAGCCGUUUGAUUCUCCACUGCAAGGAGCUUUUGCUGUUGCGGCUCGGCCCCAUUUCCAAAAAGAGCAGAAAGAAACAGACAUCUGUUUGCCUGAUGGUCUCCUUGUUCCAAGCAGCAUAGGGGUGUCCUUCAUAGAGGACGUGGCUAUUGGCGUGGUCAAGGGACUAUUGAGGUUAAGCAAACCUAAAGCCACCCAGGAUGUUCGCACAGAGUCACCAGAACGAAUCGGCACUGCAGUGGUGGGUGGACCCCUGUCUGCAACCUCAAAAAGGAGUCACACAGGGCUGGACAGCCUUCGCAGGAGGUCCCAGGAAUCCAUAACCCAGAGUAUAAAGAGGUUCUCCAAGCCCACUCGCUUUGACAAGAGAUUUCAGGUGUUUGGCUCCAAGCUGGAGGAACUGAGCACACCAAACUUUAAAGGACUACUAACAAAUAUCCUGUGGAAAGCGAAUGAUAAUCUUCUUCAGGUGGCAGAGGAAUUCUACAAGAAAAAGGAGAGGCGAUUAAUCACACGGCCUCAGUACUUACAGGAGACAUUUGAGCAAUGUGCAGAGGAGAUCAACAGGAGGCUUUUGCUGUACCAAAGGCAGUCACAGGAGUACUACAACUCCUGCCUACAUGAGUUACGGCUGCAGCUGAAGGAAUGUGAAGAAACUUUAUCUAAAAUACCAGAUGGUCUUAUCACCAACCUGACUGAACAAUGCUUAGACCGCUUAAAUGAAUACUUGGAUGUUGAACAAACUAAGCUUGCUUUGACAUUGAGUCAAAACGAGCUGAAAAAGAGAGAGUUGAGAAAAAAGCUGAGUGUGCGCCUUGGUCAUCCAGCCUGUUCAGUGGAGCUGAAGCAGCUGCAGCGCAUCGAGGAGCAGAGGCAGAAGGAGCUGAGCGCGGCCAUCAGCGAGACUACCGUCCGAUUAAAGGAUGCUUUAAGGAAGCAUGGAGAGGACUUUGUCACAGCUCUUGCUGCCUUGACUGAAAGUCUGCUAUUACAAAUGGACAAUCUGCUGACGAUUGAUGAUGUCAAUGGAGAACACAUAGAACCGAAGGAAAACCUAACAACUGUGGGACCAACUAUUGAGGAGCAGAACUAUGAUGUGCGGAAUGGCAGAUGCAUGUGGAAGGGGCUUGCCUACUUUGAUUUGCCUGAUGGGGCAUCUAUGGAAAAGCCACACAACAGAAAAACAGCCGUAGUCAACACAACCAAGACAACGUUGGUCCACCUGAAAGCAAUUCAAGCAAGGGACACUGCCUACCAGCUUUACCAACAGAGAUACAGAGAGAAGUUGGCCCAGGUGAAUGCAGAAAUGGCUGCCCAGAUGGAAGAUCUCCGCAGCUGGAAAGAACACUGGAUGGAGCAGUUAAAAAUCCUUUCUAGAUUCAAUGCUGAAUGACCGGAAAAACUAAUUUAUCAAAGAUGAUAACUUACCUUUCAUAUUUUAAACAAAUUCAAGAAACAUAAUAAAUAUAACAUGAAUGACAAUUGCAAAGA